CGCCUAUUCAUGGGCGGGCUCUAGACCACGUUGAAGAUGGUUGCAUAAGAAGAAGGGCACGAGAGCAUGACAGAACUUAAAGAAGGUUUUGAGUCGAGUAUAGCAGCUGCAUGAAACAGUAGACCACUUUAAGAAUGUUUGCUAUUACCUGUAAAGCAAGGUUCAGACUUGGAAGAAGCAUCUGGUCACUUCUUCCUCCAUCUCUCUUCCUCUCCUCCUUUCCUACCAGCCCAGAUCACCCAAUACUCAGUCCAAAUACUUCCAGUAGUUCUUUUACAAGUAGUUUAGAGAGACUAAUAGGCUAUCCUACACCUCUACUGAGCCUGAGGCAUCUCUUAGGGAACGAGUUAUCUCAUUUGUCAGGUCAUGCACGACGACUACUAGCCAGUCAGCACCCAAUAGUGGAAAGAAGCAAGUCUUUCAUUAAUGCUGGUUCUCAUUCUCCUUCGCAUACCCAAGGAAUGCUCACACUGCUAGUCGCCAAAGCGCUCAACCUCGUCAAUCCUGUUUUACCGGAUCUGGACCAGUUUGGCAUUCUCCCGAGCCAGAGGGUCCUAGCUGAAGUGACCGAGAUGAUUGCUAUUGCUCACAUGAUACAUAGAGAAGUUGUUGAUUUAGAGUUGAUGGAGGAAGGAGAGGGUACAAGAGAGGAGACACUAAAGGGAGGAUAUGAGGAAGGAUCGAGCAGUGAUUCUGGUGAUUUAUCAUUUGGUAAUAAGCUAGUUAUUCUUGGAGGUGACAUACUUCUAGCGAGAGCAUGCAAGGAGCUUUCACUCCUUUAUAAGCCGCAGGUAGUUGGGCUAAUGUCUCAAGGUAUAUCUAGUCUAAUGGAGGAUACCUUCAAAGCACAGGAUAGUGUUAGUAGUCACAGACAGCAGCUCCAGUCUUCAUCAAGAAUGAGGCGACCAGAUAGACAGCCAUUGCUAGCUAGCAGUUGUCAGUCUUGUGCGAUAGUAGCCGAGUUAGAUCCAUUGAGACGGAAACAAGCAUCUGAUUUAGGACUUUAUAUAUCUAUACUACUACAAGCUCCAGACCGAACUGAGUCAAGUCAUGACAAGAUUGAUGCUAGAGAUGAUAAUGAAUGUCAUUAUGUCUCAAAUUUAGCCCUCUCCAUUUUGGAAGAACUGCCAGAGAGCGAACCAAGAAAUGUUUUAUCAAACUUUGUUGCCAGUAGAUGCAAUGAGACAUAGGGGAAGGAUACAAAUAGUUUGCUCUCUCUUUAGCUCUAUAAUUUAUCAUUAAACUUCAGUCUAGUAUGUAAUAUCUGCUGCAUCCACUCAGCCUCUAUUUUAUUGUUGUUAUUAUUAUUUAUUUUAUUGAGAAAUUUUAA